AUGCCUUCCGACAAAGAUCGUCUGUACGUUGCCCUGUAUGCCCGUGGAGGGGCACCAACCAUGCCAGGACUCGAAGACACAUACCACUGGGCUCUCAUAGUGGGGCCGAAGACCGAGGAUAAACGCAGCAGGGGCGCUCGUUUCCACGCGAGAGAGAAAAUGCGGCUCAUUGGCACCGGAGCGGUGCCCGAGUCUGUCUGGGAGUACGAGGAGCUGGAGAGCACCAUGCUGCCAACGUCGAUGUUGCUUGUUCGAGUCAUGAUUGGCAAAGUCAAGGACAGAAACAGAUUGGAGUCUCUCUUGAGGAACAUCCCAAUUCGACCCAGAGUGGAGGGGUGGAAUUGUGUCGCGUGGGUGAAAGAGGCUAUCGAAACAGCCCUGCGGGAUAAGAAGGUCUUGGGGACCUCCAAGAAUCUUGACUGGGAUUCGAUUCGAGAUACUGCCAUGUGGUAUGUCGGACAGAAGAAGGCCGCCCAUCGUUUUGACGGACAGGGAGAAUUUGACCGGGAAAAGGCUGCAACCUGGGAUAUGAUUGAUGGGUUUGAGCGAGUGCCUUGA